AGAAGAGGCCGUUCCUCUGUGGCAGCCACAGAGGCUCAGACAGGACACAUGGCAGGUCCCCUUCUCUCAACCCUGCUGCUCCUACUGCUGUCCUUAGCACCGGGAUCUGCUGGACAAGAAGCCCACGGAAAUGGGGAAAGGAUUAUUAAUGGCGUUCAUUGUCCAAUAGGCGCCCAACCGUGGCAGGUGGCCCUGUUUACGAACCACAGGAUCCAGUGUGCAGGGGUGCUGGUCCACAGGAACUGGGUGCUCACCGUCGCCCACUGCCGCAGGAGUGAGUACAUCGUGCAAAUGGGCAGUGAUCUUCUGGUUGAUCCAAAUGCCCAGAAGAUCAGGGCCACAGAGACCUUCGUCCACCCCCAGUUUGACACAGCCAGGCAAGUUCAUGACAUCAUGCUUGUGAAGCUGAGCAGCCCGGCCACGCUCUCGUCCACCGUGAGGACAGUCAACGUGCCCUCCAGCUGCAAACCGCCCGGGACGAGUUGUACUGUCUCAGGCUGGGGCAGCACCACCCCAAAUGUAGUGAGAAACACAUCACAGCUCAUGUGCACCCACGUCAGCAUCAUCUCCUACCAGGACUGCAGGAGGCUUUACCCGAACAUGUCAACGAGAUUUAUGCUCUGUGCUGCUGCUCCGGACAGACAAUCCUCCCCCUGUAAACUGUGA